AUGAGCAGAAACAUUCGCACUUUCCGUGAUAUCGGCGGUGAUAAUGACGGUCCGGAUAGCGACGAUUCGGGAGCCGACGUCGAGCGUGGACCGCCGCAAGAAUUUUAUGCUGGAAGCGGACAAGCGGUGCAAGGACCACGUGGACCACGUGGCGGAGCAUCUGGAGCCGAAGAUCAUAUUCGGAGAAUUCUUCAGGCCGCACAGGCUGGACUACCAGAAGAAGAUGUCAGAGGACCCGGACAAAAGGAGAAAGUGACUCUGACUCUCCAUUUGUGGACAGACGGUCUCUCAAUUGAAGACGGACCACUGAUGCCACGUCACGACCAGGCGACUAUUGAAUUCUUGGAAAUCGUUGGGAGAGGAGGAAUUCCGCCAUCACUGCUGCAACAAUACGCGGGAAAAGACAUUGAUUUCAAUGUGGAUCGUCGUCACGAACCAUUUCAACAACCAAAAUUGAAACCAUUCGGAGGAAACGGCGUCCGUCUUGGAAAUGUCGUUCCAGUCGUUGUGGGCGGAGCUUCUUCUUCAGUCACUCCGCCUGUCGCAACUUCUGGACCGACGUCAGCUGAGGAAGAGGCGAAACGGUUGGAGGAUGCGAAGAAAGAGUUGAAUACUGAUUUGGCUGAACCCACUACUAAUAUUCAAAUCCGUCUGCCGAACAAUCAGCGUCUCGUCGGCGUCUUCAACCAUUCGCACAAUUUGGAGGCUGUUCGUAGCUUCAUUUGCACUGCUCGCCCCGAAAUGAUCUACGCACCGUUCGAAUUGAUGUCCGCCUAUCCGCCAAAAGUGCUCAUCGACGAGGAGCAGACACUCAAAGAGGCCAAUCUUCUCAAUUCGGUCAUCGCCGUCAAAAUUUUGCCUGCCAAUUGA